CAUACCCGCAAGUCGCUUUCAUCACUGCCGCCGCAACGCCCUCAGCCAUGCAGCCGCGGGCUCUCCUCCGCCAUUCGCUGCGCUCCUCUCCCUCUCUCGCAUAUCCACCGGUUUCCCGCCGCGUCUCGUCUCGCGCGGUGCAGCCAGCAGCUUCCGCCGCUCCGCGCGCCGAUGCGCUCCCGCCUGCGGAGACCACAAUGGCGGACGGCGCGGAGUUUGUCCGCCCGCAUCUGCGCCGGCUGAAGCCCUACACCCCCAUCGUUCCCUUCGAGGUGCUGUCGGCGCAGCUGGGGCGCGCGCCCAGCGACAUUGUCAAGCUCGACGCCAACGAAAACCCCUACGGCCCGCCGCCCGAGGUUCUGGAGGCGCUGGGGUCGCUGGCGUUCCCCCAUGUGUACCCGGACCCUCAGAGCCGCCAGCUCAGGGCAGCGCUGGCGGCCGACUGCGGCGUGCCAGCAGAGCACCUGCUGGUGGGGUGCGGCGCGGACGAGCUCAUCGACCUCAUUAUGCGGUGUGUGUUGGAGCCGGGCGAGGCCAUAGUGGAUUGCCCGCCCACCUUCACCAUGUAUGCCUUCGACGCCCAUGUCAACGACGCACGUGUCAUCACAGUGCCGCGGCGGAGCGACUUCUCCAUUGACGUGGCGGGCGUGGCGGCAGCGGUGGAGGCGCACCACCCCAAGCUGCUCUUCCUCACCUCGCCCAACAACCCCGAUGGCAGCAUGUUGAGUGCAGAGGACCUGGCGGCGCUGCUGCGGUUGCCGGUGCUGGUGGUGCUGGACGAGGCGUACAUUGAGUUCUCGGACCAGCCGUCCAGCAUGCGGCUGGUGCAGCGCCACGCCAACCUGAUCGUGCUGCGCACCUUCAGCAAGCGCGCCGGCCUGGCGGGGCUGCGUGUGGGGUAUGGGGCGUUCCCCCUGGCGCUGGUGGAGUACCUGUGGCGCGCCAAGCAGCCCUACAACGUGUCCGUCGCCGCUGAGGUCGCCGCCUGCGCAGCACUCUCCAACCAGCCCUACCUGCAGACGGUGCGAGAUGCCCUGGUGAGGGAGAGGGGGCGCCUCAUGGAGAAGCUGAGCACACUGCCCUUCUUAAAGCCCUUCCCCAGCCAUGCCAACUUCAUUCUCUGUGGACUCCAAAACACCCACUGGACUGCCAAAGCACUGAAGGACGAGCUGGCUGCGCAGGGCAUCAUGGUGCGGCACUACGACAAGCCGGACCUCUGCAACUUCAUUCGCAUCAGCGUAGGCAAGCCCGAGCACACAGAUGCCCUCAUUUCGGCCCUCUCACAGUUGAAAUAACAUUACGUUGAUAUGAAAAAGGGAAUGCAUUGUCUCCAUAGCAUUCACUGGACAUACCGUAAUCCCCCGUAUAUAACACCCUAUUGUUAAAAGGCUAGCUUAGCUAGGAAGCUAGUAUCAUAAUCAGAGAAGUGUUGUUGAUAGAGUGAGAGUACACAUAGAUAUACCUAAGUCUUGUACCCUCUAAGAGGUGACCCUAUACAGUUUAUACAAGCAU